AUGGCAGAAACGUGCGGCUUCACCGACAAAAACGCUGAGAUCAAAUCUCAACUCAUCCAAAAAAAGAGGGAUUCCAAGGUCCGGAAAAAGGCAUUGAGAACAACCAUGACAUUGACUGACGUUUUGUCUGAAGCUCGUAACAACGAGCUGACUAGGGCACAGAAUGUAGAAAUUGAGAAAUCCUUAGUUCCUACCCCUUCACAAAAGCAAUUUGUUAACUCAGUCUCCGCGCAGAAAACUAAGCAGAAGUUUUCUCACCAGUCGAAAAACAUGAAGUGCUACAAUUGUGGUGGUCCUUAUCCACAUACUAAUGGGCCAGAUUCCUGUCCAGCUAGAGGCACCACCUGUGGUAAAUGUUCAUUUCACACUAGAAAGAAAGUUGAAAAAGAGCUCAAAAGGCUGGUAGAUGCAGACAUCUAUGAAAAAGCUGAUGGUCAUCCUACGACUUGGGUAUCCCCAAUUGUUGUUGUUCCAAAAAAGAGCACCGAUGAUGUACGCAUAUGUGUCGAUAUGAAGGUAGCAAACCAGGCUAUAAUUAGGGAGAGACAUCCUACUCCCACGGUAGAUGACAUUGCAGACCAUCUCAAUGGCUGCACGGUAUUUUCUAAGAUUGAUCUUCGUCAGGGCUACCUACAAUUAGAAUUAGAUGAGGAAUCGCGUCACAUCACGACGUUUGCGACCCACUUGGGUCUGUACAGGUCAAAAAAGCUUAGCUUCGGAAUCACUAGCUCUAGUGAAAUUUUCCAGAAAGCUGUAGAAGAAGCCACUGCUGGUAUCAAGCAAGUUUUGAAUAUCUCAGAUGAUCUAAUCGUAGGUGGUAAAGGUCAACAAGAUCAUGACAAAGGUUUGGUCAAAGUUUUGAUGGCAUUGUUAGAAAAUGGUUUCACCAUCAAUUUGCCAAAGUGUCUAUUUAGUGUGCCUGAAUUGCACUUUUACGGUAUGAAAUUUUCAAAGGACGGCAUGCAGCCUGAUGCCUUGAUGAAGAUGGCGCCACCACCUAGUGUGCCAGAGGUACUCAGUUUGUUGGGCAUGUUGAAUUACAGUUCAAGGUUUAUCCCCAGUUACUCACGUCGGUGGAGCAACACAACAGCCCAACAAUAG